AAAAGAAUCUUGUCUGUCAGUAACAUUAAGCGUAGUAAGAUUGCUCAUCGUAUUAUAUGCAGUCUGCAGUUCUUUCGCACCUCUCGUUGUGAUAGUUUCAUUAAUGUUAAAGAUAUAACAUUUUAAUUUGACAUUUAAAUACAACUAGUAUUUUAUUCUCAAGUGUACAAGUUUUUAAAUUUGAAUCUGUGCCGCGAAUUUAAUUAAAUUACACAAAAAAAAAAAUAAAAACAUUUAUGUGAUUGAUGUAAAAAAAUACUAAUUAAUUCCCAGAAGUUAUUAAUAAUAAUUAAAAUAAAUACAUGAUUGAAGUUUUAAUGAUAAAUAUUAUUAUCAAAUUAUAACAAUAAUAAUAUUAAUAAUGAUAUCAGUAACAACAGACUGUAUGAAUGUGAAUAAACCCAGUUAUGUUUACUAGUUAGUGCUGUUUAAAGUUAUAAGUAUUUAAUUAUAAAUAUAUAAUGUAAUUUAUAUAAAUUUAAACCUUUUUUUUCUACCAGUGUUAAAUAAAAAAAAAUCAUGAAUUUAAUAAUCAUUUUUUUUUUUAAAUACAUUUUAUAACUCAGUAUUUAAAUUUAAAAAUGUUUUAAAACUAAUUAUGGAUCGUGAAAUGAUAAAUGGCCGAUAUCUCGUCUCGACAUCUCCAUCAACAAAUUCUGGCUUUGUUGAAUCAAACAAUAGUAAAACAACGGGUGAAUUCUCAGAGAGAUUACAAGAAAUAUCAAAUGUAGAUCGUAAUGAAUCUAGAUUUACUAAUUGUCAAGGAAAAGGAAAUAUUUGUGGGACAGAAGCCGCUUGUCGAAAUUUUCCUAAUAACACAUCGAGAUGCAUUUGUCCGCACGAUUUAUCACCUCCUACUAAUGAUCUUAAAUGUCCAGUUCGUUUAACUGCUCCUUCUAUACCGUUACCUAUUCAUAAUAUUAUUCUACCAACGAGCAAUACAACAAACAGUACAAUAAGUCUUUCUGAAGCUGAACAGGUCAAUGAGAGGAGUCCAGAUAAAAUACCUGAAGUUAUUGGUGCAACUAUUGCUUCCGUUAUUACAAUAAUUAUACUUGGUAUAAUUAUUUUUAUUUGUAGAAAAAAAUGUUAUAAUAAAAAAAUCGACCGUACAACAUUGGACUUGUCACCAAUGAAUUUAAAGAAAAGUAUUCUUGUCGCUAAUAAAUAUACACCAAAUCCUCAAUAUUUUAAUUGUGCACCUCCUGAAGUACCAAUUUUACGACGUGGAGAUGUAACUUUUUUUUUUGAAAUUGGACAGGGCUGUUUUGGUAAAGUUUAUAAAGGUGAACUUAGUCAUGGAGAUACUAAAGAAACAAUUGCAGUAAAAGUGUUAAAAGACUCAGCAUCUCGAGAGGCCGAAGAAGAUUUUCUGAGAGAAGUAGAAAUAAUGUCGACAUUUCGUCAUCAAAAUAUUUUGUCCCUAAUAGGAGUAGUCCUACGAGACGCGGGUAAUAACCCUUGGAUGGUUUUUGAAUAUAUGCCUCACGGUGACCUCGCUGAAGUUUUAAGAGCAAACUCACGGCAAUUAAGAAGUUCUAUACCGGGACUCGAGCCAUUGACCAAGAAAGAUUUACAUCAAAUAACAAUACAAAUUGCUUCUGGUAUGACUUACUUAUCUGCUCAAAGAUUUGUUCAUCGUGAUUUGGCUUGUCGUAAUUGUCUGGUUGGAAAAGAUCUAGUCGUUAAAAUAUCAGACUUUGGGAUGUCACGUGAUGUUUAUACAUGUGAUUAUUACAAAAUUGGAGGUUCAAGAUUGCUUCCAGUUCGAUGGAUGUCACCGGAAAGUGUUAUAUACGGUCGUUUUACCCUUGAAAGUGACGUUUGGAGUUUUGGUGUAGUUUUAUGGGAAGUAUAUUCCUACGGGAAACAACCUUACUACGGUUACAAUAACGAGGAAGUUCUGAAACUUAUUCUCCAAGGAAUAAUGCUUACUCCACCGGAAGAUUGUCCAGAAUUCGUUGCCGAUAUAAUGAGACAAUGUUGGAAAUUAGAACCGCGUGAUCGUUUCCGCUUUUCGGAAAUUUUCGAAGAACUUCAGAAAGCUCAUCAAACUAUUGAAAAGAUUAAUGAAAAAGGCAGUUUACCCCGGCCACCCCAAGGGCCGAUAACAAUAAAGUCACCUAAUGCUCUUGAUUCGGAAGGAUAUCUUGUUCCGGCACCGGCGACACCUCGAGAAUAUCUUCAACCACUUCCUCCACUUUACUCUCUAUAAUUUAAUAUUAAACCAUAAUCUAUCAUAUUAUUUUAUCAUUCAUUACAUCACUUCAUUAAAUAAUUAGCUCGUUAAUUUUAUUGUUA